GUGGCAUUGUACAAGAUUCGCCAAGAGCCUGUUUUGCCCAAUCAGCUUACCUCAUCUAAACUCCAAAGAUUCUAGGAUAACGCGAACUUUCCAAUAGAUAAGGCCGAACGUAUUACCCACCGUCAGAUGGAUUUGAUUCUCGAUCCAACCGUCAAGAAUCGAUUCCUGAGAUAUCCAAGUUUCAUCUCUCCCACACACAUACGGCGACUUAAAAACGCUAUUUGCUCGUGUCUUUACAGAAAAACAUAAGCCGCAAAACGUGACAAACACAAACGACGACGGAGAUGGCCGCCACAUCAACCGCCGCUGCUGCUUCUUCGAUCAUGGGUACUCGGGUGGUUCCCGACAUCCACUCCGGUUCAAGCCGGUUCACAGCUCGGUUCGGAUUCGGAAAGAAGAAAGCCGCUCCCAAAAAGGCUAAGACGGUUAUCUCAGACCGGCCUCUCUGGUUCCCAGGAGCUAAAUCCCCCGAGUAUCUCGACGGUUCGCUGGUCGGAGACUACGGUUUCGACCCUUUCGGUUUAGGCAAACCGGCAGAGUACCUCCAAUUCGACCUGGACUCUCUGGACCAGAACUUAGCCAAGAACAUAGCCGGAGACGUGAUCGGGACCCGUACGGAAGCGGUCGACCCCAAAUCGACGCCGUUCCAGCCGUACAGUGAGGUCUUCGGGAUCCAGAGAUUCAGAGAAUGUGAGCUGAUUCAUGGUCGGUGGGCAAUGCUCGCCACUCUCGGCGCUCUAUCCGUCGAAUGGCUCACCGGUGUUACUUGGCAAGACGCCGGCAAGGUAGAGCUAGUGGACGGAUCGUCAUACUUGGGACAGCCAUUGCCAUUCUCGAUCUCGACUUUGAUAUGGAUUGAAGUGUUAGUGAUCGGUUACAUCGAGUUCCAACGAAACGCUGAGCUGGACUCGGAGAAGCGAUUGUAUCCAGGAGGCAAGUUUUUCGACCCGCUUGGGCUAGCAUCUGACCCGGAGAAGAAGGCUCAGCUUCAGCUAGCUGAGAUCAAACACGCUCGUCUAGCCAUGGUUGCGUUCUUGGGAUUUGCGGUUCAGGCGGCUGCCACAGGUAAAGGACCGCUCAACAACUGGGCGACUCACCUUAGUGACCCACUUCACACCACCAUCAUUGAUACCUUCUCUUCCUCAUAAUAUGGCUUUAGCUUGUACUGUGUAAUGCAAAUGAUGUAAUCUCAUCUUUUAAGAAAAAUGUGGCACUUUUGUAUAAACGGAGUUUUUUGAAACUCGCUGUUUGAGUUUUGAGUAUCAUCUAAGUAAUGAGCCUUGACACCAUAUUCACUGUCUUGAAACUUGUGCGCUUGAUCGAU